UCUGUCCGAUCAAACGAAGGUCAUUCGAUAUACCCUCCCAUUAGGAUUAAAAUAACAGACAAACAUGGCAGAGAAAGAUCCCAUUAAGGUUUGUGUGACUGGAGCUGCUGGCCAGAUCGCCUACUCUCUCCUCUACCAGGUUGCCAAGGGACAAGUUUUUGGAGAUGACCAGCCAAUAAUCCUCACCCUAUUGGACAUUCCCCCAAUGAUGCCUGUACUCCAGGGUGUGGUCAUGGAACUUGAUGACUGUGCAUUCUCAUUGCUCAGAGAGGUAAUUCCCACCAGUGAUGAGGCUGUAGCAUUCAAGGAUAUUGAUGCCGCUAUGUUGGUUGGAGCUAUGCCCAGACGCGAGGGAAUGGAGAGGAAGGAUCUCUUGGCUGCUAAUGUAAAGAUAUUCAAGUCUCAAGGGAAAUCUCUUGAUGCAAAUGCCAAGAAAACUGUGAAGGUAGUAGUUGUGGGUAACCCAGCCAACACUAAUGCCCUGAUCUGCAAGAAGUAUGCCCCAUCCAUACCAGCAGAGAACUUCUCAUGUCUUACACGCUUGGACCAGAACAGAGCCAAGGCUCAGAUCGCAGGCAGAGUUGGCGUGACGAUAGAUUCCGUGAAGAAUGUGAUCAUCUGGGGCAACCACUCUUCCACCCAAUUCCCAGAUGUCUCACAUGGGACUGUAAGUGUCAAGGGUACAGCAGUUCCUGUCUCUGAAGCUGUCAAAGAUGAUAACUGGAUAAAGAAUGAGUUCAUCAAGACAGUCCAGCAAAGAGGAGCUGCUGUGAUCAAAGCACGUAAACUUUCCUCCGCAAUGUCAGCAGCUAAAGCAACAGGGGACCACAUGAGGGACUGGUUUAAGGGAACACCACAAGGGGAGUACACAUCUAUGGGCAUUGUGUCUGAUGGUUCAUAUGGCAUUGAAGCUGGUUUGGUAUACAGCUUCCCAGUGACCAUAGACAAAUCUGGCAAAUACACCAUUGUUCAAGGUCUGGAGGUCGAUACUUUUGCACGUGAAAAGAUGGAUGCUACAGCAAAUGAGCUUAAACAGGAGAUGACUACCGCUCUAGAAGUCUGCUCUGAUUGACGGGUUACAUCCAACCUAUAAAACCUUGAAAACGUAAACAAUGUAACUGUUUAGGCCCACCUUGUAGUGACUCCUGCGUACACCACAUACUAUAGCACAUAUUAUCUCACAGACCUUCCCCACAAUGGUGUCAUUUAUAUAUGGACAGUUUGUUGAUACUGUGUAUCACAGUAUAUUACACAGUAACAAUGCUCAUAUUUGAUGCUAGGACUAUCAUACAAUCUGAUAUAUCCACAUAUUCAUACUGCUUUAGAAUUAUUUUUGCUCAUUGGCUCUCUUUGCACUAAUACCUGGGACUUUUAAGGUUUUAUACGUUGGAACAUAAGCGAGAAGAACAAAACAAAACAAGAUCUAGCAUUCUAAAUGCUGUAUAGAUCAUAACCCCUAGAGGUAUUAUAACACAAAUUCUGCACAAAUUGCUAAACCGAUGCUCAUCUAUCAGUAAAACAAUGGAGGUUUGGCCUCAAUCAACAUUAAAUGUAUAAAUCAACUAGUUGACCCGCUUUUAAAUCAAACACUCCUGAUUCAGACUAAUCAGUUACAUUAUUUAUGAAUUAGCAUGAUUAUUAGAUAGUAUUGAAUUCAUAUUAUUGAUAUGACAGUAGAAUGGUUUUAUUAGAUAUUUAUGUACAUGUGCUCUCCUCACAAUCAUAUAAUCCAUUAAUAGCUCAUUUCAAGUCAGUGUUUUUAUAAGAGUAACUUUUUCACAAUCAAAAAACCUCAGCCAGUGAUAAUCAAAUUAAAUGAUUGCCAAGUGCAUUUAUAACAUGUAAUGUCCUGGUGAGG